AUGGAUUUUGCUGCUGCAGCGGCUGCAGCUGGCGGUGUUUCUGACUUCGGUUUUGAUGUGGAUCCAAAUAUAGAUCCCGAGCUGGCUCUUGCUCUAAGGGUUUCCAUGGAAGAGGAGAGAGCAAGGCGAGAAGCUGCUGCCAAGAGAGCUGCCGAGGAAGCCGGUAGACAAGAGAAAGGAGAGGAAGCCCAACCACAGUCUGAUUCUCAGAAUGCAACUUCAACUGCUACUGAAAAAACUUCUGAUCCAAUGGAUGAGGAUGAUGCUUUGCUAAAGCAGGCCCUUGCAUUGUCCAUGAAUAUCCCUGGAUCUGAUUCUUCUGCAGGUGAUGCUCAAACGUCCGAGGAAACUAAUGAUGAUCAGGAACUGGCCUUGGGUAUGUCCUUUUAUUUUGUUGGUUGUUUUAACUUAUUCAGGUAG